AUGGCCGAUGUCAAAGAGACAGGCGAGGAACUCCAUCUGGAGACUCUCGGUGGAGAAACAGCUCACAUCGAGAAUCGCGACAUCAAAGAAAAAGCUCUCGUUCGAAGAAUCGAUAAGCGAAUGAUGCCACUAAUGAUGCUGCUCUACAUUCUCAAUUACCUCGACAGAAAUAACAUCGCGACCGCCCGUCUCGGUAACUUCGAAGAAGACAUCGGUCUUGUGGCCGAGCAAUACAACACCGUCAUCAGCAUCUUUUUCGUGGGCUACAUCCUGACUCAGGUCCCCACCAACAUGAUCCUAAACAAGAUGCGACCGUCAAUCUUUCUGCCCUGUAUCAUGGUCUGCUGGGCUACUGUUAGUGCUUGCACUGGUGCUGUGCAGAGUUAUCAUGGGAUGAUUGCGUUGAGGUUCAUCCUUGGAUUUGUGGAGGCACCGUUCUUUCCUGGUGCUUUGUUCUUGUUUAGUUCAUGGUACACGAAGAAAGAACUCGCAGUUCGCAUCUCGGUUCUUUAUGCAGCUGGUCAAAUGGCUGGUGCAUUUGGCGGUCUCCUCGGAAGCGCCAUAAUGGCUGGUAUGGACGGUAAAGCUGGUUUAGCUAACUGGCGAUGGCUCUUCAUCAUUGAAGGCUGCGCCACUUAUCCCGCAGCCAUAGUCACAUACUUCGUCGUCCCAGACUACCCAGCAACAACGGCCUGGCUGAGCGACGAAGAACGCCGCAUCGCAGUCCUUCGCAUGGCCGAAGAUGCCAGCAAGGAAGAUGACCGAGCCGAUGUAUCAGCUUGGGAGGGUGCUAGAAUGGCCUUCACCGAUCCUACGCUUUACAUGAUCUGGAUCAUGCAGCUUGGUCUCAACACAGCAGCAGCCUUUACAAAUUUCUUCCCUACUAUUGUCAAGACUCUGGGCUAUAGCUCGACUAUCACCCUUCUGCUCUCUGCGCCACCUUAUGUGUUUGCUGCAGCGCUGGGUAUCACGAAUUCUUGGCAUAGCGAUCGUGCUAAUGAGCGAUGGCUGCAUGUUGUCUGGCCACAAAUAUUCUGCAGCAUCGGGUUCAUCAUCUCAGCUGUUACUCUCAACACGGCAGCUCGAUACAUCUCGACGUUCAUGAUGAUGUCAGUCUAUGGAUCAUUUGGCUGCAUCUUGUCUUGGGUGUCCUCCUCUCUGCCACGCCCAUCGACGAAGCGCGCUAUCUCAUACGCUGUCGUUAACGCUGGUUCCAAUCUUGCAUCCAUCUACGCAUCCUACUUCUACCCUUCAUCCCAAGGCCCCAGAUAUUGGCAAGCAAACGUCGCAAACGUAGCGUUCAGUGGUCUUUGCAUUGCCAUGGCUACUAUUCUCAGAUUCUUCCUGGCUCGGAGAAACAAGAAGCUGGAGAAGGCGAGGGAGCAUGAUAUUCAGCAUGAGGGCACUUUGAGUGGCAGUGAGACGAGGCUGCUUGCUGAGAAGUGGCAGUGCGGAACUGAGUAUGUUUAUACACUGUAG